UCUGUUGCAUGGGCGGGGAUUUACGGCCUUAUAAUGGGGGCGGCAUGGAUCGUAAUCGGUAUAAGCAUCCUCGCUUUCGCGCUCUGCGCGUGCCUGUUCUGCCGAAAGCGCUGGAAAGAGCGUCUGGACGGCGACCCACCUGGCUACACGCGCUUUCAGAUCCGCGUGCCACUUGGCGCGCUCGUAUUGGCUGCAGCCUUGAUCCUGGUGGGAGUGGCGCUGCUGUUAUCAGGAGGGGUGCAGUUCCAGAGCACCUACCGCAGUGCCACACAGUUCGCACUCGGCACCACGCAAGCCCUCGUGAGCGCCACUCACAACCUCUCAGCCGCGCUGCAACGCUCUGCCAACACCACUGUCUUCAAUGCCGUGGUUCCCCCCACCACACAGCAGGCCGUGCUACAGGGAGCAGUGCAGGCGGAUGUUAUGGCAACAGACAUCCAAGCAAGGAUUGUGAACAGCGUUGACCAGCUGGAUGGAUACGUGAAGAUCAUCACCAUCACCAUCCUCGUUAUUGGCUUGCUCACUGCUCUCCUUGUGCUGCUGGGUCUGGUGGCUGGCUUUAUGCAGUGGUCGGUUGCAUCACACAUACUCGUUAGCGUCAUCUGGGCUAUGGGGUUCAUCACAUGGUGCACUGUCACCCUCUGUCUGCUCUCCACUCUCUUUGCAGGGGACACGAGUGCAGCCAUGUGGCAGGUGUCACAGCAGGACCCAGUAGGCAACUCCACCAUGCAACAGUGGCUGCCGUGCGCCCGGGCAAGCGACGUGCGCCAGGCCAUCAACACCACUGUCACCGCCAUCUCGGCAUCGAAUGCUCUGCUCAACACGUCCAUUGCGACAACCUACCCCCAGCUGUUGACCGCACUCAACGCCACUGGCAUCUGCAACCCCUAUGCGGGAGGCAGCACUGAGCUCAGCUAUGACGUCACCUCCUGCCCGCCCGGCACUCUGCCGCCGGCUGCAUUUCUCCAGUCUCUCGUCACCACACUCCCCUGCACCAACGGCACAUGCCAGUUGAAAUUUCCCAACGGCACAGUCAUGCUGCUGCAAGUGCCCCCAGCGGCUCUCUCGGAUCUUCAGACCGCCUCUGCUGCCCUCACACGCCUCGUGGACUCGGUGCCGGUGCUGCUUCAGAUCGCCAACUGUACCUACGUGAAGGAGAUUUGCGAGCAUGCAUCAGGGAUGGCAACGGACAUGGAGAGGGAUUUCAACAUGCUGUGGUGUGGCUUCAUCGUCAUCUCAGUCGCAUCCAUGCUCCUCGCUCUCGCUCUCCCCGUCUACAUCUUCCGUUCAGCCCACCCGCAAGCCGACCCAUUAGUCCACUCAUUGCCCCACCUGCAAACCCAACAGCUAGCCCUGCCUCUGGGCGAGUCGUCCCUCUCUUCUCCUCCCCGCACUCCUCCCCUUGAUCGCCGCUCUCCGCCUUGUGAUGGCCCGGCUUCUGCUGCCAGUGACUCGGCUGGUGCUGCUGCUGAUGGGAUGCCUCAAAUGGAAGAUCUGCAGCUUGGAGAGGAACGAAAGGACCAAUCAACACUCGCCAGGUGUGCAGGCACUUCCCGUGUUUCCGUGUUCUUUCUCUCGUUUCUAUGCUCUCUUCCAGUGUUUCAAUGCUCCUUCCAUUGUGUCUCUCAAGUGCUGCUGUUCCAUUUGCUCACCCAACCACCAUCUCAUUUCCCCUUCCAGGGGCAAUUCACCUGGUCUUUCUCCCUUAACAUUCACAUCCCAAUGUCGUCAGCAACAGAGGCUCCCGCGGAUGUCCAGCCUCCUCGCAACCUGUCCGCAAAACCAGAAUUGGGACCCCUAUCGUCCAAGAUUCUUCCUCACUUAUUCAAACUGUAUGACUGCACAGCAAGAGAUGGGGAUUUCGAAAUUUACUCUCCUGACGCGAAGUUCGACGAUCCCCUUAUGUCAGCUCACGGGUUGAAUCAGAUCAAGUCAGCCUUUUACUCCAUGCAAGUGCUUUUCCAAGAGGGGAGAAUUGUGGAGUACACUUUAGAGGAGACAUCAACAGGUGAUGGCUCAGGACUGGUGGUCAUGGACAAUAAGCAGAAUUACAAGGUCUGGGGCAGACCUUUUGAUGUUGAUUCGAGAAUUCAACUCAAGACUGAGUAUGCAGGCGAGGCGGAGGAAGUGCAGUUGCUCAUGCACAUGAACCAGCUGCUGGUUGCUGUGGAUAACCACCAGGCGGAGGAGGGGGGUAACCCCCUGGGGGCGGAGGAGGGUAACCCCCUGGUGGGGGAGGGGGGUAGCCCCCUGGAGGGGGAGGAGGAUAACCACCAGGAGGGGGAGGAGGGUACGGGUAACCACCAGGCGGCGCUCCUGUAA